AAUCAACUUAGAUAAUCGCACCAGCAGCGCAGUGUGCGCGAGUGUUGAAAAAUUAGAUUAACGUAUUGGUCCGGCACCGUAUUAUUAUACUUCGUUUCGGUAGCUGUAUUGCAUUUUUUCACCGUACGAAUUUUUCAUUUUCAACGGAAUCAAAAUGGGCAGCGUCGAAGAGAUUUAUGAGAAUGAAAUACACCGUACCAUCACACGGCGUACGAGCUUCAAAAUUCAAGAGACGUCGUCGAAAAAGACCACUACGAUGACCACCGCCCCGGCCAAGCUGUACGGCAAGAACCUGAGCGAGUACGACGAGCUCGACGUCGACCAACUUCUCUCUCAAUUGUCACCCGAAGAAAUUAGCAUUUUGGCCAAAGAAGUCGAUCCAGAUGACAACUUGUUACCACCAUCAGAGCGUUGUAGUUAUGAAUGUAACAAAGAAGCUACCGGACCAUUAAACAGAAAAAAACUGAUUGAACAUAUUAACAAACAGGCUCUAGAAACGCCUGAUCUACCAGAAAUUAAACCAUAUGUUGCUGGAACUGUGCGAGGGAAAAAGUGGGUGGCACCUGAAACCAAUGGUAACACUGAACAUGAAGAUAAAAUUGCCAUUGAUCUUGAUGAUGAAUAUGGUGAUGCAUUGAAUACCGCAUCACAAGAAGAAAUCAUAGAUUUGGCUGCUAUACUAGGAUUCCAUUCAAUGAUGAACCAAGAUCAAUACCAUGCUUCACUAUUGAAUAAAGGUCAGCCAGUUGGCUUAGGAUGGGAUGGUGUUACUAAGGCAACACAGCCUAAGGUUUAUCCCCCAGAGCCACCCAAUCAAACAGAUCCAGAAGACAGUAUUAAACGAGUACGUGAUGAUGAUCCUAAACUACUUGAUCUCAAUUGGAACAACAUUAAAAAUAUUUCUGAUGAAAAGUUUGAGAAUCUAUUCAAUGCUUUAGUGGAAAAUACUCAUUUAGAAACAUUAAGUUUGGUAAAUGUUGGACUUACUGAUCGGUUAGCAGACAAGCUAGCUGAAGCAUUAGAAAAAAAUUGCACAUUACGCGUUUGCAAUGUGGAAACAAAUUUCAUUAGCCCUAUAGGAAUAAUUCAUUUAGUCAAGUCUUUAUUGAAACAGAGAUCUUUGGAAGAAUUCCGUGCCACCAACCAGAGAUCCCAAGUAUUGGGAAAUAAGAUAGAAAUGGAACUUACCAAAUUGAUUGAACAAAAUCCAACCAUUCUUAGACUUGGUUUGCAUUUGGAGUACAAUGAUGCUCGCCAUCGCAUUGCAUCACAUUUACAACGCAAUAUUGACAGGAUACGCCAGAGCCGUGUGGGCGCAAACUCCGCAUAAAUUACAUAUUUUGGCUACGUACACUAUUUAGGCCGCUUACGCAGAACUGGUCACUUUGCGCGUACGUACACUGGCGGUUGGGUUGUACACAAAAAGGCUAAAUAAUUACGAGUUUGUGCCUAGACCUUGGUCCUAGACUCUUAUUUUUUAAGUAUUUAAUUAUAUACUAUAUUUAUAUAAUGUAUUGUUUUUUUUCUCCUCAUUAAUUGUUCAAACAAUUUGUAUAUAUAUUUAUGUUGCGGUCUUAUGCUGGCCUUUUCAUAUGCGUUUAGUUAUUAGUGCAUGUGUGUGACAAUUGUAUUGAUUUGAAUUUUUAAACAUAAAAUUGUAUUAAUUAAUAUAAUU